AACAAGUUGCCAACAAAAAUAUCAUUUCAAAUAAAAACACAACUUCAAGAUGUUAACGACACACAAUCGACAAUUUAUUUUAUUGGCAACGUUUAUUGCCGUAUUAAUUCCGCUGAAUAAAUGUUUUGAAUUACCCUUCCUACAAUCCUGCACAUAUGAGGAUGAAAAAUGUCACAUAGAACAAGUGAAUAAAUUCUUUGAAAUGUAUGGCAAUGGCAUUGAAGAAUUGGAUAUACCCACCUUAAGUCCCAUGCAUUUAGGUGAUAUUACCAUUAAAGGCAAUAACAAUGAUAAUUUCAAUUUACAAUUGUUUAUGGAAAAUGUGGAUUUAUAUAAGUUUCCCGUUGUAAAAUGUCAAAGUAUUAAAGGUUUCUCCAAAGAGGGUAAAGCAAUGCGUGUAGUUUUAAAAAUGUUCUCACCUCAACUUAUCAUCAAGGCCCAUUGUCGGGUAAAGGGUAAACUAUUACUUUUUAAUGUAGCCGGUGAUACGGAUUUGAAUAUUGAUAUUAAAAAUGUUACCACUACCAUGAAGGCAAGAUGUUCGCCUUUCGUGAAAGAUGGUGUGACUUACUAUAAGGCGGAAGAGUUGAAACCUAAAUUGGAUAUUGGAAGUCUUUCCACCUCUUUUAAAAAUUCCACAUUAUUUAAUGGUGAAGAAAUCUUUAUGGAAACUUUUGCCGAUACUAUCAAUGAAAAUUGGGAAGUUUUACGUGAUGAAAUUGAACCUCAUUUGAAUGAUGCUGUUGCAAGAGUAUCUAUUGGUACUCUUAAUAAGAUUUUAGCCACCAUGCCUUUUGAUAAGUAUUUCAAGAAGUCUGAAUAGGUUCUCAGACGUUCAAAUACAUAUAAAGUGGUAUUAAUAGUAAUAAAGACUAAAAUAUGUUUCAUUUGAAA